AUGUUGUUCCAGGUAGCCAUUCGAGCGCAUCCGGUUUAUCGGGUCAAGAUUCGAAUGACAGGAAUUUACGGCAUGUGUCGAUUGCUUCAUUCGACCAGCGUCGCACACUUAAAUCCCAUACUACCAUUCGGAGAAUUAUUGGAGGAGCUUACUUCCGAAGAAGAUGAAGACGGCAAAGAGAAGAAGAAGGGCGAUAAAAAGAAGGGUAAAGUCGUAACCAAGAAUGUCAAGGCCAACCAAUUGCACCAAUUGAAUUACCACCAGAAGAAUGUCUACCAAUUGGGUGGGGGAAGUGGAAGCGGAGGAGAGCCUCCAAUUGAACCCCCUAAAAAUAAUGGAAACCCUGAACCAGAAGAAGAGAAAGAGCUGGGUAGUCGUUGGGAAAGAUUCAGAGACAAGUUUGAAAGUUUCAGUAAGUUUGUACUCAAAUGUGUGGAAACCAUUGGGAUCACAUUUAGUUCAUUAUUCAUUCUUGGGUUAUGUGGUUAUUCAUAUCAUAAGUUCUACAAUAUCCACGUGAUUGACAAGAUUGCUUCAGCAUUUGAAGACGGUACGUAUGAUCAAAUCCGAAAAACCAAGGAGAAGAUUGAAAGCUCUCAUGCUGGCAAAUAUUGGGUUGAAAGACCUCAGCAAAAGCUUAUAGAUGAUAUUGUUAGUGGUAAGAUCUCUGGAAGAUACUUUUUAUUACUUGGAGAAAAGGGCACGGGGAAGACAUCCAUGUUAGUUGAUGCUAUUAGAAAGGUGGAUGGUAAGAACGUUGUUAUAUUUGAUGCUCAUGCUGAUCCUGAAAUCUUUCGACUUCGUUUAGGUAAAGCCAUAAGGUUUGCUUAUAAUGAAGAUUACAUUGGUUCAUUAUUCAGUAUUCGUGGUCCUAGAGACACCACAGCUUUACUUGAUAUUGAAAGAGCCUUCUCACAAAUUGAAGAGAUGGCUACUUCUCGAUUCGGACUUCAAUUCCAUAGGCCAUUGGUCAUUAUCAUCAACAACAGUCAUUUGAUUAAAGACAACGAAGAUGGGAUCAAACUUAUAGAACUUUUGCAACAAAAGGCUGAGAAUUUAAGUGCUUCUGGUUCAGUUAAUUUGAUCUUCAAUAGUGAUGAUUAUUGGGUUUAUGAAAAGCUUAAGAAACUUGGAACUCGUUUAGAGCUAAUUAAUGUUAGAGACUUUAAUCGUAAACAAACUGUGAGUGCCCUAAAGUAUAUCAGACACAAGUUUUACCCUGAAGAAGAUAUACUUGGUGAUUCUAUGUGCAAUCAAAUCUACAAUCUAAUUGGAGGAAGACCACAACACGUUUCCCAAGUAUGUCGUUACCGGGAUGUGAUUCAAGCGUGCCAUGAACUUAUAGACCGAGAAAAGACAUGGUUUCUCAAUCAAUGUGGACUUUUGGGAAGUAGUAUGGACGAUGAUGUGAUGGAAAGUGGUAAAUUCUCCACCAGCGCCAUGUUAUUGAUGAAAGAGUUUGUGGAAAUGGACCAGGGCAAUAAAGAUUCAAUCAUUAACACCAACAACACUAUCAAGGACCAUAAAUUACCCGAUUUACCUCUUUGGCGGAGUAGGCAAGUGAUGACGAGAAACGACUACAUUCAAGAGUAUGAUAACCUCAAUAUCUUCACCAUUGACAGUCUUAGUCGAGUCAAGCCUGAUUCUGUGCCCAUGAUGCGUGCAUUUCACGAGAUCCACAGUCAGCCAUAUUUCAACGAGCUUCUAGAAGAGACUACUCAAAGAGUGGCAGACAUUGAGGCCUUGAACAGAACAAGAGAGAUUCUCUUCAAGGAUUUGAACCUCGGAAGCAAGUUUGAGAUCAUCAAGAAGCCCAACGGGACCACUGUCAUUGAUGUCAUAAAGUCCGAGAGACACAUUGACAUCCAUGGAACUGGAAAGGAACAAGACCAAUUGGAAGAAGACGAAGAAGACAUUGAUGACAAUACCUUGGCGCAGUUGGAGGGUAUAAGCAGACACGAAUACAGAAACUGGUGGAAGAGAAGAAUGGGGGCCGCUUCUUCCAUCGCAGACAAGGAGAAGGAGAGCGAGAAGGAAUCCAAAAAGCGUUAA